CAUUAGUCCAGAAUUAAAUUUUUUAAGUAAUUGCAAUACAGUUAGUUCUCUGUUGAUAACGAUGGGGCGUCUGGCCGAUGUAUUUGCGCUUAUAUUUCAGUUCAGUGUAUAUAUUGCGGCAGCAGUGGCCUUUGACACCACCACUUCAACCACAGUUAUUACAACUCAUGGUGUGAGUGGUGUAUGUAUGGAUGGAUUACCAUGCACCGGAGAAAAAGAGUGCGGGAGCCCCCUGUACUGCCGAUGUUCCUUUCCGGCAAUGAGAACUAGCAUUAACAAUACGGGAAUAUGUUCACCCGUGACACAUUCUCCAGAGCCAGUAGCUGCGGCCACAACGUACCGCCUUCCAAGCCUGGUUUCCAGUACUCAGAAGUCGGUUCUUAACGGCGACGGGCCGACCGGGAAUCAGUCCUCACCUUUGGCCAUAGUUCCUGCCCAGAAAGGUCCCUAUCAAAACGCUCUCAGCGCUCAAAGUACGGCGUUGGAUGGAACUGGAAUCAACGGAUCACCUGGGAACCAGACUAUUGCUUCAAACAUGCGUCCUGUCAACAGGGAUACUAACCAUAAUGCCAAUCGUCCGUCCGGCAGCUCGUCGCCUGCUGGGGAUAGCGGCAGACAACCUAAUCAGCAAGAUAGCGCUCAACAUCGUGCUACGUCUGGCCGCGUCCGAGCCCACGCUAACGCCGGCGAUCUCAUUCGCCACAGACCAGGCUAACCUAACAAUCUGUACCGGCAAAGACGCUUGCGAACGCUAUUGUUUAAUACUUCUCGCUUUCAAAACACCCGGGUUUUUCAUUUUACUCGCUGGAAAAGGACACAAUUAUACAGCAAUGAUUAUCCUUGUUCAUUUAAUUGACGUACAGAUAUGUAGUUUCCUUUCAAUUUUCAAUAAAUUU